AUGCGAACUUGUGUUACAGAUAAAGCCUCUGGUGGUGUCAUGUUAGUGAUUAAAGAUUAUCUUCGAGAAUAUACUAUUCGGAUUUUAGAUAUAGCGAAAUAUGAAGAAAUGAUAUGGAUUAAGAUAAACACUAAACGUUUAGGUUUGGACAAUGAUAUCAUUGUUGGAUGUGUCUAUAUUCCCCCCGUCGGAUCAAUCUUCUACGAAAACAAGGAUACAAACUGCUCUAUUUCAUUAAUAGAAUCAGCUAUAUGUGACAUUUGGAGUAAAUAUUGUAACAUUGAUAUCUUGAUUAUGGGUGAUAUGAAUGGUAGAACUGGUACGAUUCCUGAUGUUAUUCAAGAGAAUGAUGCUACACACAUUCCAAGCCUUGAUGCCUGUUAUACCGAACAUUAUCAGCAGGUGGAUGUUGGUCAACGUAAUAACAAGGACACCGUCAUUAAUCAGUUCGGUAAAUAUAUUAUUGAUUUAUGUUGUGAUAACGAACUUGUAAUUCUAAAUGGAAGAAAAACAUCUGAUAUGAAGGGCGAAUUUACCUACAUUAGCGCAAAUGGAGCCAGUGUUAUCGACUAUAUUCUUUCUAGCCCACGCCUGUGCUUGUUAAUUUCAGACUUUGAAGUGCUAAAGUGUGAUAUUUCUAAACAUCUACCCAUAUCUUGUAAAAUUCGAGUAAACAGUAGUGUUUACCUGAAACAAAACAAUGUGAGCCUUUGCUCAAAUUUUGUGUAUAGGUGGAAAACACAAAAAAGUGACAACUUCAAAACAUUAGUGAAUAGUCCGGAAUUGCACAAUCAAAUAGAAGUGAUUAAUAAGGAGGUAGAUAUAAUUUCAGCCGUUAAGAAGUUAGAUGAACUCUUAAGAGAAAUUGGUAACAAAGCGGGAAUGUAUGUGAAAACUAAGACUAGGCCUAGUUAUAUUAACAAUAAAAAAUGGUUCGACAGGGAAACAGACAAACUAAAAAAAUCCAAAAAUAUGUUGCUAAAUAGAUUUCGUGAAACAAAUAACUACACAGUACUAAAAGACUAUUUAGAAUCAAAGGCAAUGUUCAAACGUGAAUGUCAAGUCAAGAAAAAAAAACUAUCAGGAAUCCAUAUUAAACGACUUAUGUAG